AUGUAUUCUUUCUUAGAGCGCACGAGCGCGUACGUGUCGCUGUUCCGCGGCAUGUCGCGUGUAUCGUCCGCGGCGCGCUGCUGGCGGCAAGCGACCUCCGCGCGUCACGCCGCCGCCUGGAGGCGCGCCGCCGCGCCCGCGCCACGCGACCUCACCGCCGCACUGCGCGCCGACGCACAGCGCCAAGUCGAAUGGUUAACCACGGUGCUAAAGUCGGAGACGCCACUCGCGGAGUUGGUCAGAUUGUAUACAGACGCGCUGCUGUCUUUGGAUCCAUCACCAACUAAGAUAAUGUUAGCGAACUUCAAGUUGUGCCAGACUCCCGCGCAAGGGAUGGCACUACUCACGGAAAUAAAGGGCGACAUAGAUGAGCUCAUUUCCUGCAUAAGAGCUGUUAUAGACACGCCGAGAACAAAUAAAGAAACUCUUUCCCCUGCCUUAAUGAGGGAGCUGGGUCGAACAGUCUACGCGCCACUUAGAGAACUGAUGCCGAAGUAUACGGAGAUCCAAACUCAGCUAUUCCUCGCCAACUUAAAUGAGCAGCAGCUCAGGCAGGAGGAUCUUCUAGAACAUUCGAAGGCCCUGCUAUCAGUUGCGGAGCGCUGUGAAGGAUGGCUCAGUGCCGCUUAUAGCAGGGCACGGCAAAUAGCGGGCAAUGCUGCUAUGCCUUUCUACUCACCAGCUGUCGAGGAACUGACGUCAGCGAUCCUUUCACUGAUCUCGGCACACAGUCGCCGCAUAGAAACAAACUUUCUGGCGGCGGUCACAGCGAGAAAAAGUACAGGGGUACUGAGCGAGAGCUUUCCCGCGGCUUUGGCUUUGGAAUCGGCCGCGGCCGAGUUACUGAGGGUGUUAGCUUCACGGCAACAGAUAGAGAAGGAAGAAGAAGGUCAUAAACCGGAACACCCGUUGUUGGACCUACAAAGCCACCUCUUGGAGGGCGAAUCACGAAAAAUGGCGGAGUCGCGAGAGCUGGCCUCAGUCGCAGGACUCCAGAGGACCAGGGAACAGCUGAGGGGACUCGCCAGGGCUAUAUUACGGAACCCUGUAGAUGUGCAAUUGGAUACAAUUCCUCAGUUGCCUGUGUGGCACAACAACGACGCUCUCUCUACCGACCUCCCGGACUUCGCACUCUCCCCACAGGAGUACAUCACGGAGAUCGGCCAAUACUUGAUGACUCUACCGCAGCAUCUUGAGAUGCACCUGCCGGAGAAACAAGCGCCAUGGCAGUUCUUAUCUGAGGUCUGCACGCACACGUGCGAAGUUUACGCCGAGAAAAUCCUGAACAUACGCAACAUGGACGCUCUUGGCACGAAGCGCUGCCUCACCGACAUUGUAUACUUGUCAAGUGUGGUCGAAGACUUGGGCACCAGCGUCACACCUGCGUUGAAGAACUUGGAGAAGUCACUACGUGCCGCCACUCCAAGUCAAUGA